GCAGAAGGGCGUGUCCAAGCGGGUUAUGCUAGGCGCCGCGCAGCGGGACCGCGCUUCGGCGCGGCGCUGCGGGCGGGUGACCUUGGACCCAGCAAGAGGAUGGCAAACUCAACACAGGGCGACCGGGUCCUCCCCAGUGCGGCGCUCUGGGCCUCUCAUAAGAACAUGGUGAUGGAGCCGCUCGAAAGCAAUGACCCGGAGGUGCACAACAUCAUCAAGAAGGAGAAGCAGCGGCAGAGGCUGGGGCUGGAGUUAAUCGCAUCGGAGAACUUUGCGAGCCGAGCAGUGCUGGAGGCCCUGGGAUCCUGCAUGAACAACAAAUACUCUGAGGGUUACCCAGGACAGAGGUACUAUGGUGGGACAGAGUUCAUAGAUGAGCUGGAAAGGCUGUGCCAGAAGCGAGCCCUGCAGGCGUACCAGCUCGACCCCCAGAAGUGGGGUGUCAAUGUCCAGCCCUACUCAGGGACACCCGCGAACUUCGCGGUGUACACGGCCCUGGUGGAGCCCCAUGGCAGGAUCAUGGGGCUGGACCUGCCCGAUGGGGGCCACCUCACCCAUGGGUUCAUGACAGAAAAGAAGAAGAUCUCGGCCACCUCUGUCUUCUUCGAGUCCAUGCCCUACAAGGUCAACCCCAAGACCGGUUACAUCGACUAUGACCAGCUGGAAGCGAACGCCCAGCUCUUCCACCCCAAGCUGAUCAUAGCAGGUGUGAGCUGCUACUCGCGCAACCUGGACUAUGCCCGCAUGCGGAAGAUCGCUGACAGCAACAGUGCCUAUCUCAUGGCUGACAUGGCCCACAUCAGCGGGCUGGUGGCUGCUGGUGUGGUGCCCUCUCCCUUCGACUACUGCGACAUCGUCUCCACCACCACCCACAAGACCCUGCGGGGCUGCAGGUCUGGAAUGAUCUUCUACCGCAAAGGCACCCGCAGCGUGGACCCCAAGACAGGCAAGGAGGUGCUCUACAACCUUGAGAGCCUCAUCAACCAGGCGGUGUUCCCCGGGCUGCAGGGAGGCCCCCACAACCAUGCCAUUGCAGGGGUUGCCGUGGCGCUGCAGCAGGCCAUGACACCCGAGUUCAAGGCCUACCAGCAGCAAGUGGUCAUGAACUGCAAGGUGCUCUCCACGGCGCUGAUAGAGCUGGGCUAUGACAUUGUCACUGGGGGCACCGACAACCACCUGAUCCUCGUGGACCUGCGCAGCAAAGGCACGGACGGCAGCCGGGCCGAGCGGGUGCUGGAGCUCUGCUCCAUCGCCUGCAACAAGAACACGUGCCCUGGUGAUGUCAGUGCCCUGCGCCCCAGCGGUCUGAGGUUUGGGACACCAGCUCUCACCUCCCGUGGCUUCCUGCAGGAUGAUUUCCGCAUGGUGGCUCAGUACAUCCACAAAGGGAUCGAGCUGACGCUGCGGGUGCAGAAGGACAUGAGCCCCAAGGCCACGCUGAAGGAAUUCAAGGAGAAACUGGAGGAGGAGAAAUACCGGAGGGAGCUGAAGGUGCUGAAGGAAGAGGUGGAGGCCUUCGCAGGGACCUUCCCGCUCCCGGGGCUGCCUGUCCUGUAAGGGAAUGCACCCUCCCUGCUCCUGGAGCCGCGGAAGUACCUGGGAAUGCAGCACAUAGACCAACACACCCCAGUGCCCUCUCCCAGCACCUACCUCCCCGCUGGCACUGGCUGUGGUGCAGCAGCAGCUCCUCGUUUGGCUCCUUCUCACCUCCCAUUUGGGGCACAGGACCCCACGGAGGGCACAGCACCUUCACUACUCAGUGUUCCUAUUGGGACCAAGCACCAAGUAAUGUUCUGCCUCAUGGCCAGGUCUGAUCCAGCUCUCACUAGCCAUGGAGAAGUAGAUGAAGACACCACAGGAGGGACAUGGGGGGCCACCUCUAUGGAAGCCACCCCCCUGCAGCCAGACGUGCAGUGCUUGGCUGCACAAGAGACUUCAGAGCGCUGCUAAAAGCCUCCCUGCUUUCAGCCUCCAGGAUUCCCUGCUCUCCAUUUGCACCUUCCUGCCUCCACAGGCUGGGACAAGGCCCUCCCGGGAUCACCAUCCCGUCCUCUCCCGCAUCUCCGGGAUCUUCUUAUUUCUCCGAGCACAAAGUUGAGGUUAGAACCAUUUUUUAAUAAGCACGCUCAAAUUAAGAAUGGAACCACAACGUAUGACAAGAAUUAGAAGCUUUAAAAAAUACAACCAAUGGGGUUUGUUUUUUUUGUGUUUCGGUUUUUUUUCUUUUGUAUUUCAAAAAUAGCUGAACCCAAAUAAAUAAUUUUCUUUUUUAAAGUACAUUUCUCAGACGAGUCAUUUGGUGUUAACAUCCGUUAAACUCUGGUGUUUAACACUUACAGCCACGACACUGAGACAUGCUGCUUGGAUUCCUCCCGCUCACACUCGCUCUAAACUAUGGCCACGAGCAUUCAGCACGCACGGGGCACACGCACGCACACGGAACUCCACAUGCAGGAAUAGGAUACGGUGCUUCCCAAGGAGAUGAGAGGAUUCAGCACAGCCUCCUCGCAGCCCUCAGAGGCGGCUCUGAGCCCGGCCCCAUCCCUGUGCUGGCACCGAGACGCCAGUGGGACCGGGUACCCUGUUUCUGCCAUCCAGUUAAAACACAGCCCAGGGACCCCUCUGAUAUGGGGGUACAUUGUGCUGCUUGGCCAUCGUGCUCCUGGGGCACUCUCCACCUCAGCAGCUCUCAAUUCCCCAUCACACCUUAUUACAGGAGCCUUUUCAACGCCAAGACCCCGAAUCCAUAAUGUGGGCUGUCACCCACCACCGGAAUGGGGGGCUCAGGGUCCCCCAUGCUCAAUAGAACCCAAACAACUGGCCUGGGGACAUGGAACCACCACCUCCCACCCUCAAGCGCCUCUCCCACCCCGUACAACACGGUGAAUAUUGCUAGAGUAUAGGCAGUACUUCCCCUAGGCAAGGCAAGGCAGCUUUUAGGAGCUGCUUAGAAGUGAUUGCUACCGGAUGAAAGUCAAUCCGAGCACUGUUCUCUGAGAAAUGAAUCCUGUGUAGGGUUGAGAUUGCCUACUCCUAUGGCUGACCCUCCUCGGAGUGGGAUCUGCAGGGCAACAGGCUGGGCUAGAGCAGAGCAGGGGAAGAACAGGAGUCUCCCAAGCAGAGGGGGAAGAACAGGGGAGCUCCAUCAGGCUCCAAGCCUCCCCUCCCUGACAGCCAGCAGCGAGAGGAGGGAGCCAGAGCUGCCGUGCGGGAGCUGGGAACAUGCUGGCAGCACUCAGGGAAGCAGCGAGGGCCAUGCAGAGCUGAGGGAGGGCCGGUCAGUGGUGCACUGUGAGGAACCUGCCCUGCUCAGGGUGGAAGCUGCAAACACACAUGCCAAGAUUCCCUGCGGGAGCUGUCAGUGCAAGGAGUGUCACUUGUUACAAGUCUGUUUAUAUCAGAAAUGAGUGAGGUACCACAGUGAAAAUGAGGGAAAUGUCUUAAAGUGCCAAUACAGGGAUUUGUUCUGUACAGGAACAAGGGUCAGACAGAGAAAUUACUGAGCAAAGAGGAACUGAGCUCCUGAACCACCCAAAGCACUCGGGCUCCCCCCGAUUCCUGCUGCCACUGAGACACCACGAGCACUGAGGGCAGCCCAGGCUCUGCCUGCACCAAGAUGCCACAGCCCCAUGUAAUUCCCCUUUUCCCAGAGUCCGUUUUGCUGCCAUGAGGCAGAUUCAGGAGGACAAACACCCUGAGAUGUGUUCCCCCACAGCUCCUGCUUAAAAGCAGAGCUGCAGAUAGCACAGAGCUCCUGUUGUGGAACAGGCAUGCAGGGCAUCCUCCCACACCAGAGCUGCUGUGUGGCAGGGAGAUGAAGCAGGUCAGGCAGGUGGUGGUGGUGCAAGGAUUGCUCUACACAGCCUUGAGCAGCAGCUACUACAGGUUUGAUAGAGGGAGCAAUGAGUUAUUCAUGGAUUAGGAGUGCAGCUCAACACCAGAGGUUGAGACCACUGUGAGUA